UCUAUGGAGCUAAUUAAACCUCUUUCUCCCACUCCUAAUCACCUUAAAUGCUUUGAAUACUCUUAUUUGGAUCAGAUGGCAAUACCUGUAUUUGCUCCCUUAGCUCUAUUUUAUCCUCCCCCUCAAGAUGGUGAUGAAUAUUAUUCCAAUGAGCAAGGGAGGGCAAUCAAUUCAUCAAGAUUGCUCGUUUUGAAGAAAUCUUUGUCUGAAACUCUUGCUCGUUUUUACCCUUUUGCUGGUCGAAUUAAGGGCAACUCAAUUGAAUGCAACGACGAUGGGGUGCCUUUCUAUGAGGCUUUUGCUCAUAAUUAUCAGUUUGAGGAUGUUCAUGGAAAACUCGAACUAACUAAACAUUUCCUCCCCAGCGUUCAAGGUGGCUCAGUAUUCCAUAACCCGGCUUUUCCUUUACUUGUUCAAGUCACAAUUUUCAAGUGUGGAGGUAUGGCUAUUGGUAUUUGUGCUUUUCACAAAGUUGCUGAUGGUGCCACGUUGUGCACCCUCGCCAAUGCCUGGGCAAUAACUGCCCGAGGUAACUGCCCUGAUUUACCUGAAUUCGUUGCAGCAGCAAAAUUCUUACCACCAUCUAUUCCCUAUGUCUCAAACGGGCCUCAGUUGCAGUUUGACUUUGCCAAAUUCUUUUUUAAUGAGGAACGUGUCACUAAAUUGUUCGCCUUUGAUGCAUCUACUAUAGCAUCACUCAAGGCUAAGGCCAUGAGCGAUGAUGUACCAAAGCCCACACGAGUUGAUGUUGUAUCAGCCGUGAUAUGGAAAUGUGCCAUGUCAUCUUCAGGGACUGAAACAAAAUUAUCAAAGUUCGCGCACCAAGUAAAUAUAAGAAGGCGGUUUGUCCCUCCAUUGCCAGAUCAUUGUGUAGGAAAUGCUGUUGCAAUUGCCACAGCAUGUAAAGGUGAGAAUGAUUGCUCUGACUUGCCCGCCUUGGUCACUUAUAUAAGAAAAUCAUUAACAGAAUUGAGUUCCAAAUAUGUGGAUAAACAAAGUCAAGAUGAGGCAAUUUUGGUCAUUCCACAUGACUACUUUGAGUUAACUUAUGCUCAUUUUCGAGGUGAGGUAGCGAUGCAAAUUAGUAGCUUGUGUGGCUACCAACUUUAUGAUGUUGAUUUUGGCUGGGGUAAACCUUCAUGGUUAAGUGUAAAUCAAACAGCGACUAGAAAUCUUGUUAUAUUGAUGGAUUCAAGAGAUAGUGGUGGAAUUGACGCGUGGAUAUGCUUGAAGGACAGUGACACUAUGUCAAUUUUCGAGCAUGAACUAGAGCUGUUGCUAGCAUUUGGAUCUGCCAAAUAAUUGAAUUUAGCUUCUUGUAUCAAUUUUAAUUCUUAUUGUUCAGUUCCUCUGUUGUUUCUUUUUAUGGUAUCAUUUGUAUUUGUUUUGUUUCUUUGGCAAAACCUAGUAGCUUCGACACAAAUCUUGUAUUUGUGUAAAAAAAUUAUUUA